GACAUUUUCAUCAAGAUGGAUCCUUCAGAGCAAGAAUCUGAGGCAGGAUCAACAAGAAAGAAGGCAAAGAUACUCGCAGUGAGUUUCUCAUUGUUGAUGGCAACGAUUCUGUUGAUCCUGAUUUUGUUGUGGUACAAACGGAAAAAGAAGAAACUGAAACUCAGUGAAGAUAUUGAGCUUCCACUGUUCCCAUUUUCAACAAUAACAAGAGCCACAAAUAACUUUUCAUUCAACAACAAGAUUGGAGAGGGUGGAUUUGGACCUGUUUACAAGGGAUUGCUGGAAGAGGGACAAGAAAUUGCUAUAAAGAGACUCUCAAGGACUUCCAUGCAAGGAAUUGAUGAAUACAAGAACGAAGUUAUCUAUAUUGCGAAGCUUCAGCACCGAAAUCUUGUGCGAUUUUUGGGUUGCUGCAUUCAAGGAGAAGAAAAGAUGUUGAUCUAUGAAUACAUGCCUAACAAAAGCCUGGAUUCAUACAUAUUUGAUAAAACAAAGAGAAAAUUACUUGAUUGGCCAAAGCUGUUUGACAUCAUAAACAGAAUUGCUCGCGGCAUAUUAUAUCUUCAUCAAGAUUCUCGAUUACGAAUUAUCCAUAGAGACCUUAAAGCAAGCAAUAGUUUGCUAGAUACAGAUAUGAAUCCUAAGAUAUCAGACUUUGGCAUAACAAGAAGUGUUGCAGGAAAUGACAUCGGAGCAAAAACACGCAAUGUGGUUGAGACACAUGGCUACAUGUCGCCAGAAUAUGCAAUAGAUGGGAUCUUCUCAGUAAAAUCAGAUGUGUUUAGCUUUGGCGUAUUGGUGUUAGAGAUUGUGUGUGGCAAGAGAAAUAGAGGAUUUGUCCAUCAAGAUCACAACCUCAACCUUCUUGGUCAUGCAUGGAAGCUUUACAAAGAAGAUAGGUCCUUGGGACUAGCUGAUGAGCAUCUAGCUGAUUCUUGCAAUAAUUCUCAAGUUUUAAGAUCAAUCCAUGUGGGUUUAUUAUGUGUGCAAAAACAUCCAGAUGAUAGACCAAGCAUGUUUUCUGUGGUUCAGAUGUUGACUAACGAGAAUCCACUGCCAAAAGCAAAAGAACCGGGAUUUUUCACGGAGCGAAAUCUAUUUGAUGUAGCAAAAUCAGGAUCACAGACAAACAGUUCAAAAAAUGAAUGCACAAUCACAUUGUUAGAUCCUCGGUAGGUGCCACAGAAUAACUAUUUAACUUGGGAGAAAAUGAAUAGGCAAAAUUACAUUAGAACUUUGGUUUAUUGUGAAAUACACUAGUACUUAGGAAACAUCAAGUUGAAUUUUUCUACUUGAAUAUAUUAUCUACUUAUGGAUGAAUCUUUUAUUUAUUUCCAUUGUUCUUUGAAUAUAUACUUUAGAUAUGUUAUUAGGUAUAGCAAUUUUAUCGUGUGAUCAGAAAUCACAAAAUCAAUAGUUGUUACGGAAAUUUCACAUAUUGUAGCUCCAUUUUAGUUAAAGCAUAUCCAGCAUAUGGCACAAAACUGUUAUAGGAAUUUAAGCAGUACUUUACCUUGAUUUGUUUUAGCAAUGUGAGACAUACAACUGAAUUUAGUAUCUUAGUUAGAAAAUGUAAAUUUCAAUUAUAAUUUCAGAGGUUUUGAAUUUACAGUUUUUUACUUUUCAGAGAAUAGCAUCCUAUUUGCAUUAACAACUUCAAUAAUUUAAUAUUUUGAAGAAAUGGAAAGAUACUGGGCUACGUGGCAUAAAUAUUUUCUCCCAAAAGACACGGAGUGUAAUCUUCCAAAUGUUGUUGUUUAAUGAGCAAACUAUCAUCAUGUAUAUUAUCAUUACAAAAUAUUCUUCACAAUUGUCAUCUAUGAAUUUUCACAUUUUGAAAACAAUGAUAAUUAGCAAAUUAACUAAGUUUUGCAAAUACUUCACCUAAACUCAUUUUGAUGUGAAUAACCUGCAUUCACCCCAAAAAGUAGUUUGGCCAUUGUUUUAGACAACACCAAUAA